CUGCAGCUGCCUGCCCGGCACAAACAGUACGUGCACUGCGCGAGCCCCUGCUCCCCACCACCUUGUGCGGCCUCUCGUCGCCUCUGGCCCCCAUUUCCUUCUUCUUCAACGACGCCCUCGAGGGCUUUCCCACUCGCUUCGCCGCUGCCCAUUCGCGAGCCACCAACCCAAGACUGAGCACCAGCGCCGGCACUGCCACCGCAAACAGAGCCGAGGUAGAUAGAGCGGUGGUAGGACACGAGAACGAGAGCUACGCCUGACCCGGGGGAGAAGAGGAGAUGGGUGCCCCUGCGACCACGGCGCCGUGCUGCGGCGCCCUGCUGCGACGAUCCCGCCCGCUCCUCACGCUGCUGCUCUGCUUCCAGAUCCUGCGCACGUCGCAGGCCUUCGAGCUGCGCGGCGGCGGCGGCUACGUGGAGGAGAAGGUCCCGCGGGCCGUCAUCGUCCCGGACCCCUCGCCGAAGCUGUCCGGCUUCUCCCCGGCCCCGCUCGCCGCGCCGCCGCCGGUGCUCGGCGGAGGCGGCGACGACACGCGGCCCAGGCUGCCGACGGAGCGCUGGCGCCGGGGCAGUGGGGGGGAGGCCAGGCGUAGCGCCGCACAGCCCCCUGCAGCUUCCUCCCACUCCCACCACCAGGCGCCCGCGCCGUCGGCUGGCCCCGGCCCCGCGCGCGCCCCCGCUCCCGGCCAGCCCGGGGCGCCCGCGCCGGCGCCGGACUCCGCCGCCGGGAGCGGCGGCGGCCCCGCGUCGAUCAAGAGCAGCCCCGCCGUGCCGGUCCCGCGCGGCGUGACGGACACCGCCACCAUCCUGCCCCUGCCGGCGCCCGGCGAAAAGCGCCAGGAAGUGGGAGCUGCCACUUGGGUUGGAGCCAGAUUGGUGCCGCCGCUGCUGCUCGGGCUCACGGUCACGAUGGCAUCUUUUGGGCUUUAAGCUGGGAGUAGAUCCGUAGGAGAUACAUGCGGUUCAAAAGUAGGCCUACUACUAGCACUCACUGUUGCAGAGAUAAAGCUUCUUCCUUUCUCUUCUUUCUCUUGCCUCAUUGUUGCUUUCUGCGCGCGGCUAAUCCACCUCUCCUCUGUAAACAAAGCUCGUCUUCCUUUUUAUCUGCCACGCCCUUUCUUGUCAUCCUUUUAUGCUCGCUGACGUGCACCAAAGCGAAAAGCAUUGCGCGGUAUAUGCAGUGACACUGACCCAGAAUGUAGUGGGUUAGUGAAAAAAAAAAGGAAACAAAAGGAACUGGUACGGAUCCUUGGUCCA